AUGUCCUUGACUGUCUUUGAGGUUCUAGCAUUGGUUGGUGACCAACUGGAUUAUAGUGACAACGUCUGUGGUGCUGUUCUCAGCAUUCGCUUUAAUGAGGACAUCCUCAGUGUCUGGAACCGUAAUGCAUCAGAUCAUCAGGCAGUAAUGACUUUAAGGGACUCGAUUAAGCGACACCUCAAGCUUCCACAUAGCUAUGUAAUGGAGUACAAGCCACAUGAUGCUUCCCUGCGUGAUCACUCUUCGUAUCGAAACACCUGGUUGAGAGGAUAGGUAUUAGGUCCUACUGGAAAAGAUAAAACAUUCCUGCAUCUGAACAAUUUGCGCUAUGCCCUCGGCUUCUGUAACUCCUGUUGUCGUUUUAUGGUGGGAUCUACGCACUCUUCAUAUCGUUUAGUAUUUGGACUUAGUUGUGGUGUCCUUAUAUAGAAGGAUAAACGAAUAUAAUGAAAUAUAUUCUAUGGUUUGGUUGCUGAUGCAUUUUAAUAGUAGGACUAAUUCUCGUUUGAAUGUU